AUGGCGAGAGAGAGGGAGAGAGAGUCGUUGUGGAGGGAAGAAGAGAUGGAGUGGGAGAGUAGCCAUUACAGUUCAUUCAAAGGGGUUCUUCCUUCCCUUGGAAACCGAAGUAAUUGUCGAGUCAAGCCCAGGAGAUUCACUGUUUCUCCUCAUGAUCGCCGUUACAUGAUAUGGCAGAAUUUUCUGGUUAUUUUGGUCGUCUACACAGCUUGGGUUUCACCAUUCGAGUUUGGAUUCCUUCAUAAACCGCACCCAGUUCUCUCUAUUACCGAUAACGUUGUCAAUGGAUUCUUUGCUCUGGAUAUUGUUCUCACCUUCUUUGUCGCAUACAUGGAUAAAGCCACCUAUUUAUUUAUCGAUGACCGGAAGAAGAUUGCUUGGAAGUACAGCAGAUCCUGGUUGGCUUUCGACAUUAUAUCUACCAUUCCCUCCGAACUUGCUCAGAAGAUUUCCCCUAAACCAUUAAGCUCCUAUGGCAUAUUCAACAUGCUUCGCCUAUGGCGUCUCCGCCGAGUUAGUGCCUUGUUUACAAGAUUGGAGAAAGACAAGAACUACAGCUACUUUUGGGUUCGGUAUUCCAAACUUAUUUGUGUUACGCUUUUUGUUGUUCAUAAUGCCGGAUGCUUCAUUUACCUUUUAGCUGCAAAAUUUCACGAUCCUGGAAGAACAUGGAUUGGAGUAGUUCUGGGAGCCGAUUUCAAAGAAAAACAGACUUUGUUGAGUCGAUAUGUGACAUCAAUUUACUGGGCUAUCACUACAUUUACUACUGUGGGAUAUGGGGAUAUUCAUCCUGUGAAUACAGGGGAGAUGGCAUUUGAUGUUUUCUACAUGCUCAUCAAUGUCGGAUUGUUUGCGUAUUUGAUCGGGAACAUGACGAACUUGGUUGUCCAUUCAGCCACCCGAACUAGAUUAUUUAGGGAGACCCUUCGAGCCGCUUCGAGUUUUGCUCUUCGGAACCAAUUGCCUCGACGCCUACAAGAUCAGAUGCUUGAGCAUUUAUAUCUAAAGUACAGGACAGAUUCGGAAGCGCUGCAGCAGCAAGAGACCCUCAAUUCACUUCCUAAAGCCAUCCGAUCAAGCAUUUCGAAUUAUCUUUUCAACUAUGUCAUUGAAAAUGUAUAUUUGUUUCACGGGGUUUCUAAUGACUUGCUUUUUCAGCUGGCACCGGAGAUGAAAGCCGAAUAUUUUCCUCCAAAAGAAGAUGUCAUCCUGCAGAACGAAGCUCCCACGGAUUUCUACAUCCUUGUCACUGGUGCUGUGAAUCUAUUGGUUUCUAAAAACGGAGUUGAACAGGUUGUCAGAGAGGCAAAAGCUGGUGACAUUUUCGGUGAAAUAGGUGUACUUUGCUAUCGGCCGCAGCUCUUUACUGUACGAACAAAACGCUUGUGCCAACUACUACGGCUAGACCGUACCACAUUCCAAAAUAUCAUUCAGGUCAAUGUUGGAGAUGGGACUAUAAUCAUGAACAAUCUCCUUCAGCAUUUGAAAGACAUGAAUGACCCUAUUAUGCAAGGCAUUUUAAUGGAGACGGAGAACAUGCUAGCUCGAGGGAGAAUGGACCUACCUCUCAAUCUUCGCUUUGCCGCACUAAGAGGAGAUGACUUGUUGUUGCAUCAGCUAUUGAAAAGAGGGCUUGAUCCUAAUGAGUCAGACAGCAAUGGAAGAACAGCUCUGCAUAUAGCUGCAUCCAAAGGAAGUGAGAACUGCAUUCUUCUCUUGCUGUAUUAUGGUGCAGAUCCUAACUUUAAAGAUUCAGAAGGAAUUGUACCACUAUGGGAGGCAAUGCUUGGUGGCCAUCAUAAAGUAGCCAAACUACUAAAUGAAAAUGGGGCAAACAUCAACGUUGGAGAUGUAGGUCACUAUGCCUGCACUGCCGCCGAGCAAAACAACUUAAGCUUGCUCAAGAAAAUCAUUCAUUACGGCGGUGAUGUCACGUGCCUGAGCCACACCGGUUAUACCGCUCUUCAUGCUGCAGUCUGCGAAGGCAACCUUGAAAUUGUCAAGUUCCUUGUCGAGCAAGGCGCCGACGUUGAUAAACCUGAUUUUCAUCUCUGGACACCUAGGGUUCUAGCCGAGCAACAAGGACAUGAAGAAAUAUUGGCAUUCUUUGAAUUGAGUAAAGAGACGAAAACUGAUCAAUCUAUCAAGUCCACUACAGAGAAGCCAGAGACGCUAUCCCUCGGGAAGUUUGCAAGUGAGCCAGUCAUCCGUCCAACAGCAACAGGAUCGGACAAUAAUGAUGGAUCAUUGAACCAACCAUGUCGAAGACGUCAUACUAAUAACUUCCACAAGUCGUUAUUCGGGAUAAUGUCAGCUGCACAACAUAGGGAGAAUGAUUUACUGCGUCCAGUUCAUCAAUCCAGGGGUCUGAAUAACUCAAUUAUUACACCAACCAGAGUUGUAAUAAGUUGCCCUGAAGUGGGACAAAUAACUAGAAAGCUUGUUCUUCUUCCGGGGAGCUUUGAGGAGUUGCUUGACAUUGGAGCUAAGAAAUUUGGGAUCUUUCCUGUUAAAGUGGUGAGCAAAGAAGGAGUUGAGAUUGAUGAGAUCGAUGUGAUUAGAGAUGGUGAUCAUCUUGUUUUUCUCAACAAAGAUCAAUAG